UAUGUACUAGACGGGUAGCCGUAAUUUACCAAAUCAGCAAAACGACAGAUGUUUAAUGAGUAUAUCCCAAAAACGGGACAAGAAAAAGAAAAAAAUGUUCUUUUUUCGCUCUAGGUAAGAAAAUACACAAAAGAAAAUGAAAGCAAUUCAACAAAAUAAAUGAUUAACCAAAGGCCAGCUAUUCAAUCCCCUUCGAGUGCCUUUGUAUGUUAUUAUCUAUUCAUCACUUUUAUAAAACACUGCUGAAAUGCGCACUUUAAAAAAUCGACCUCCUUAAGAAACAUGUAUGUCUGUGUCGCUAUUAAACAAUGGCGGACUUGGCGAACAUGGUCUACAUGACAAUGAGAGCGAUAAAGACUAGACGGCCUUUUAAACACAACAGUUCAUUGUCAUGAUACCAAAUACACAACCCAACUUGGAGUAAUUUCAUUCCUAUGGAGAUUUGAAUGAGCAACUAUUCGACUUCCGGUGCUCUUUCCUUGCCCUAAUUAUCCACGCAUUGCCUCGAUCUAUCUUUAUUUUUACUACAAGAAUAAAACCCUCAAGAGAAAUGAAACUAAGUCAGAGUCUUUCAGUCUUUCUUGAGUAAAGGGAAAUUUGUUAUUGUUGAGUAGAAAUAUUAACCUUCGAAACCUUUCAUGAACAAAAAUGAUUUUCACGAUAGUUUUAAUCUUAAGUUAUAAAAAUACUUAAAGCUUUAAUGGACACACCAUAAAGAAUUUUUUUACGCAAAAGAUCUUAACAAAAUACUUCUAAUUUUAAAGUAAACUUGUACCAGAACUACAUAUAAAUUCAACAUUACCCGUGUAAUUUCAAGGUUCAAUAUUGAACAGUCGUUAAAUUCUAAACCAAUACCAAACCAUUACAGGAUAAAGUUAUGUGGUGAUAUCCGUCUAUACAAACAAGGUUCUCUAUUGUCAUUCAAAACUUGAUUUAAUUGUAAUACUAUUCGAAUCCUCCUCAAGUCACCAUUUGAAUCUCUCGUAUGAACAAACAUUAGUUAAACGCUAAAUGCUCAAAGCAACAGUUCUCAUAAAAUCAGAUGGCACUGUUAGGGCACACGACGCUAAAAAUCACUUAAAGAUAUUUUCGCAAAAACAUGUGCAAAAGAAAAUGAAAGAUGAUUUUGUUUGGAACGUCACAAAGAAGACCCGAACAUCCGGUGCCUCUCUCCAUACAACCUGCACUUUCUCAACAAAGGGCAAAAGAGGAAAUCCGCGCGGCUUCAGUUAAAGUACCCUGCGCCAAAAUCUACGAUGUAGAUAACGAACACAAUUACAUCAUGACGAAGGCCCUAAAGUCCUACAAGCUCCACAGGGACAAGGAGAAAGCCGAGACGAGGCAGAGGCAGCUUCGGUCUGCUUACAGGAGGCGGUGGCACGCGCCCGUGGUGCCGAGCAAACUGAGGGCAAGCUCGGCUUCCUCUCAGGUGCGGCCCAAAACGGCCGUUGACGUCAUCCGCGAGGUAGAGGUGGCCAAUACUGAGGAGAGAAUACUCCGGAGACCUACGCCAGUUGAGUUAGCCAGGGUAACAAUCUCAAUGGGGGAAUCCCCGAAACAAAUCAACUUCCAGCGUAGAAACAGGUCGACAUGGAUGAGCCAUAGCUUCCCUUCUGCAUCCUACCUAAAUCAGUAUGCAAAACUGCAUCAACUGAGCCAGUCACGUGUAGAAUCCCUCCCGGCGGCGGGAAAACCGACAGCCAGCCGACCCCAGUCAGCGCACGCCUACGAUGGAGGGGUGUUUUCUCCGACGGCUCCGAAAAAUGAUUAUUAUGUCAUUCACCCAGAAUGGGUGUCAGAGGCGAUGACCAUUCAAAAACUGAAUCUGAAAAGGCGCCCCAACACAUUGGUGAUGUCAGCAUCAGACACCUGGCCGGGACGUCGGUGUAAGAGCGCUCCGCCUCAGAACCGAAGUAACCCGAUCACGUGGGACAGUUCAAACCAGCCCGACCAAGUAUGAUAUUGUACACUGUAUGGAAUCAUCGGAUUAAUUCUGGAUUGGUUUCACGUGCUAGUAGUUUUUGCAUGAUUAAUUCAAUACCUCUGGUGGACUCUGCAUGAGGGCGAUUUUUAGUUUUAGCUAGUGAAGUGCUAAUUUCUGUAUGAAUUUUACGUGAGCUGAGAGAAGUUUAAGAUGUGUAAGCCGUCUUGUUGUCGUCCCUUCCCCAGCAAUGCUCAGCAACCUAUUUUGAAAUACUAGUUCACAUAAUUGACUUAUUGUGAAUUCCUUAUCAAUCUAUCUAUAUUAGUGCUUCUUCUAACAAAGUCUACAGCAUAGUGAAUUGGCCAACAAGGCCCAACCUAAGUACUUAGUUUAAAAUUUAAAGCAUAUCUAAAAUACCUUACAUCAAAAUGUUAUGCUGAUAUCUGAGGGGUGAUCAACACAAAUAUCUUCACUUUAUGUUGAUAUAUCAUCAAUUGUUUAUGUAAUUGUAGAGACUGGUAGCUUGUUGCAAGACGUGUAUUUGAGUCAAGCCAUAAUAUGCCUUUUUAAUAAUUAAACAUUUUUUCAUGCUUCUUUAAAACAUGUUUGUGAUUU